AUGACGGACAAGCUUGCAUUGCUUGCAUUCAAGGCUACAAUAACUGAGGACCCUUUUGAGGCGCUCAAUUCAUGGAACCAUACGACCAACCACAGUCGGUGGCAUGGUGUCACGUGCGGUUGCCUACACCGUAGAGUCACGGGACUCAACCUACCAGACUUGAAGCUUUCCGGAUCCAUCUCCCCUCACAUUGGAAAUUUGAGCUUCUUGAGAAUCUUGAUACUCAGCAACAAUAGUUUCCAUCACAAAAUCCCACAAGAAGUCAGCCAUUUGCACCGUCUACGUAACUUGAUAUUAUCCAACAACACAUUGGACGGUGAAAUCCCGAGAAACUUGUCGAGUUGUGCUCGCCUUAUACAGCUUGCCCUUGCUCACAACCGGCUAAUUGGAGAAAUUCCCAUCGAGUGCAUUUUUUCAGUGAAGCUUCGGUAUCUUUCGUUAGGUAACAACUAUCUAACGGGAACUAUUCCUUCAUCCAUCGGAAACAUGUCAUUGUUAGAGGCUCUUAGUCUAACUUGGAAUGAAGUGGGUGGGAAGAUACCCCAAGCUCUAGGAAAAUUAACUAAACUCAAACGGCUUCAUUUAACACAAAAUAGGUUGUCAGGCACAAUUCCUCCAUCUAUCUUCAAUCUUUCUUCCAUGCAGCUAUUCGAGAUCUCUGGAAACCAAAUAGGAGGGAAUCUUCCAACCAAUAUAGGCUUUACUCUUCCAAACAUCGAGAUUUUCACCAUUUCCUUUAACCAAUUCACUGGAGCGAUUCCGCGGUCAAUGUCUAAUGCAACCACUUUAAGAUGGUUACAAACCAGUAGGAACAAACUCUCGGGGAAAAUGCCUCCUUUGGACCACUUAAACAAUCUCCAACUAUUGCUUGUCUCGUCUAAUUAUUUGGGGAACGGAGGAUACAAUGAUUUGACUUUCUUUUGCUCGUUGACUAACGCCACCACUCUACGGUUUUUGGACAUGCAAGACAACAGCUUUGGCGGGACGUUGCCUGAAUGCAUCGGUAAUUUCUCCAUUACUCUCUUAGAAUUGUGGUUAGGCGAUAAUCUAUUGUUUGGCACAAUUCCUAGAACGGUCGGAAAUCUCGUCAACUUGGGAAGGCUUCUUUUGCACCACAACAGGUUUUCAGGUACCCUCCCAUCCAUGUUGGGAAAUCUUCAUAACCUAGUGGAAAUGAAAUUAUCUUAUAACAAGUUUUCCGGAGCAAUUCCGUCUUCAUUAGGAAACCUAGUAAAACUGGCACGACUCUAUCUCGAUCACAAUAACUUUCAUGGCUACAUUCCUUCACGUCUAUUAGAGUGCCGAAGUUUGGUAGAACUUGAUCUAUCCUGUAACAACUUAAAUGGAACCAUACCUCCAAAACUCAUAGGCCUCUCAUCACUAUCUAUACUUCUAAACUUGUCUCGAAACCAUCUCACCGGUGUUCUACCUGAAGAAGUUGGGAAAUUGAAUAUUUUGGCUCAAUUGGAUGUCUCUAGAAACAUGUUAGACGGCGACAUUCCAGCUAGUCUUGGCAGUUGUGUUGGAUUGGAAGUGCUCAAAAUGCAGGAGAAUUCUUUUCGAGACUCCAUUCCUCCAUCUAUUAGUAUGUUGAGGAAUAUCAAGGAGAUAGAUCUUUCACACAACAAUUUAUCCGGUCAAAUUCCAGAGUUUUUCGAUGCAUUUCACUUCUUGGAGAUCCUGAAUCUGUCGUACAAUAACUUUGAAGGCACAUUACCAACUAUAGGAAUCUUUAAUAAUGUGAGCACUACUUUUGUCUCUGGAAAUGACAAGCUUUGUGCAAGAAUGCCGGAAUUUCAUCUGCCGAAAUGUAGCUCUAAAAAGUCAAGCCAAAAACCAAUCGCUAAGUGGAAGCUCACCAUCUUGAUUCUUUUCGGGGUUCUUGGAAUAGCUCUCGUUCUUGCUCUCAUUAACUUGAUCGGGGUCGGUGGUUUUGGAUCUGUUUACAAGGGAGUCCUCGAGGAGAAUGGAAAUGUCAUUGCUAUAAAGGUGCUUAAUUUGAUGCUUCAUGGUGCGGUGAAGAGCUUCAUAACCGAGUGCGAGGCUUUAAGAAAUGUCCGACACCGUAAUCUUUUGAAAGUCCUAACGGUAUGCUCGAGCACUGAUUACAGGGGCAAUGAGUUUAAGGCCUUGGUUUAUGAGUUCAUGGUCAAUGGCAACCUAGAAGAUUGGCUACAUCCAAGCCCAUCACCAACUAAUGUAGAUGGGAAUGCGCAGAAAUUGAGUCUCAUCCAGAGGAUAAAUAUUUCCAUCGAUGUUGCUUCAGCAUUAGAUUAUCUCCAUAACCACCUGCAAAGUCCUGUUAUCCAUUGUGAUUUGAAGCCAAGCAACGUGUUGCUAGAUGCUGAAAUGAUUGGACAUGUUGGAGACUUUGGUUUGGCAAAGGUCGUGAUUGAAUCUACCGAUGACACUAAAGCGAGAAUGAGCUCUACUGGUGUAAGAGGAACUGUCGGCUAUGCUGCUCCAGGUGACGCGGAAUAUGGAAUGGAGAGUGUGGCUUCAAGAGAAGGCGAUGUUUAUAGUUAUGGCAUUCUCUUGCUUGAGAUGUUCACAGGCGUGAGUCCAACAAACGAAAUGUUCAGAGAAAAUUUUAACCUUCAUAAGUUCGUCAAGGAAACCUUGCCUAAACAACACCUAGAGAUUACUGAUCCUCUUCUACUUCAAGAAAUGGGGGGCUAUAUGGGCACCCGCAGAGGUGAUGCAGCUCGUGAAUGUCUGGAGAUGGUCUAUAGAGUCGGGGUUGCUUGCUCAGUCCAAGCACGCAGAGAGCGGAUGAACAUUGCGAAAGUCGCAGCUCAGUUACAUUUUAUCAAGGAUAAACUUCAUGCAGCUGGUUUCCAAGGAUAG